UUCAACAGCAGGCUGAAAAUAAAUAGAUGAAAAGUUUUAAUGCUUUUAACUACCACUUUCAGCUAUCAGUUUAUUAUGUAGCUCUUGAAAAAUCGUUUCAAUAAAAUGUGUGCGACAUAUGGUUAACACGCAUUGUUUUAUUUGAAUGAACUAUUUUUUUAAAAGAUAGCUGCAUGCUGUCAAAACAUCAUUCCAUGAUAAAUACAUUGAAGCAGACGUCACUUGAAGCCUCAGAGAUUGAAAAGCCAUGUUUUGGAAAUUUUAUUACAAUUGCCCUAGAUUUUUCAAUAUCUGUUUAUAGAGAAAGAAAGUAUUUCAUUUAAUUUUCUAGUCUUUAUUCCAAUAUCAGUAUUACAUACCAGUAAAAUAAGUAUGAUUUCGGCGCUCGGAUCGAGGUUGUUCCGGCGGAAAACACUCGAAGCCGACGUUAUGAAAACCGAGCUGAACCGAUGUCUGAAAACUUCCGACUUGGUUCUAAUCGGAAUCGGAUCUAUGGUUGGCAGUGGAAUGUACGUUCUAACCGGGGAAAUCACUCACACUACAACCGGACCUGCAAUCGUCCUCUCGUUCCUAGUCGCCGGGCUCGUGUCGGGUCUCUCGGCUUGGUGCUAUGCCGAGUUCGGAUCUCAAGUGCCGAAGGCUGGUUCGGCAUAUGUCUACACGUACUUGACAAUCGGAGAGUUUGCGGCUUUCGUGAUUGGCUGGAAUCUCAUUCUCGAGCACGUGAUAGGUGCGGCAGCUAUUGUUCGGGGGUUAAUGGGUUACAUCAAUGAGAUUUCGAACGAAUGGUUUGAGAACUCUCUUCCAGAAACUUUUCAGGAUCAGAAGUUUGAUCCCUAUACAAGCGUUAUUGUUCUGGUCAUAUGCUGUCUAGUUUGUCUAGGCGUAAAAGAGUCAGUCUUGGCCAACAAUUUCCUCACAUUAAUCAAUAUCUCAGUCGCUUUCUUCGUCAUCUUCGGAGGUAUCUAUUUCUUCAACUGGUCCAACUUCUCCUCGCCAGAUGGAUUCUUUCCUUUUGGUGUGGGGUCUAUUCUAGAUGGAGCAGCCCAGGCAUAUUUCGCCUUCGUUGGCUACGACUCAAUUGCAAUAGCAAGUGAAGAGGCUCUCACGCCUUCGUUUUCGAUUCCGUUCGCACUCGCUUUCGACGUCCUGUUUGUCGGCUCGUUGUACUGCGCCGUAUCCUUCUCGUUGAUUCUUCUCGUGCCGUACGAUAAAGUCGACGAAGACGCCGCCUUCGCUUCGGCUUUCAAGUACAAUGGGUGGCAGUGGGCAGCGUACGUCGUGUCUAUAGGGGCCAUAGCGGCCAUGACUUGCGCUAUGCUUGGAACUGUGUUCACGAUGCCAAGAUGCAUUUACGCUAUGGCCAACGACGGUCUGAUUUUCAGAUCCCUCGCCAAAGUCAGUCCAAAAACUCAAACUCCAAUUAUAGCCACAAUUCUGGGUUCUCUUGGGAUUGCAGUUUUUGCGUUCUUUUUAACCUUGAACGAACUUGCUGAAUUUAUGUCAAUCGGAACUUUACUCGCCUAUAUAAUAAUCGCCCUGGCUGUUAUUGUGCUCCGUUAUUCGCCAAACAGUUUGCUCAAACAUUCGGAUUUGGACUUGAGUAUAAAUGAAGGACCUCGCUUGGGAAAGGCUCAAAUAAACAGUCUUUCACUUUUUGUAGUUAUGGUUAUGGCCACUAAUCUUUUUAUUGCAUGUGCUUCUUGGGUCUCUGACGAGUAUUUAUGGCCGAUGGUUGCUGUUAUUUCCAUUUCAAGUAUUAUAACCUUUGUUAUUUUGAUUUACUUGGAUGCUAUUUCAACGGAAAACCCUAAUUUGAAUGAGUUCAGGGUUCCCUUUGUUCCUUAUUUACCUGGAUUGUCAGUAUUUAUUAACUUUCAACUCAUGACCCGGCUGAACUAUUUCACGUGGAUUCGCUUUGCCCUGUGGAUGCUGGUCGGUUUUGUAGUUUAUUUUCUAUAUGGAAUGCGCAAUAGCUCUUUGUGUCGAGAAAAAGUGGAAAAUAAUCAAAAAGUUUAUGGAUCGACGGAUGAAACCAAACAUCUGCAUGAAGAAUCUUCGAUUACGAGCGAGUAGAAUUAAUGCUCACGAGAGCUGCAAAAUCUAAAUUGGUGCACUUGAUUCCAAAUCAAAUGACCUUAAAUUGUAUUUAUUUAAUUAAUUCUUGAAAUAGAAACGUAUAUUUAA